CUCGUCCCUCAUCGCCGAUGGUGAUAUCCAUGAUUAUAAAUCAAACACGACAUCGUGCUGCAGAUUUGCCAAUUAGUGAUCACUUAAUUUGCGUGCUAGCCUACGUAACUGUCUUAUAAAACCGGGUGACCCGGUCGAGCAAACUGCAAAGCUCUUGUCUACUUAAUCUACUCUGCGCUUCAUAUACUUACCCCACUCCAGCUGUAUAACUUCUGAUCAGAAUGGCCACCAAACCGCUUGCAAUCAUCGCUGGUGUCGGUCCCGGAACAGGCGCCAGCAUCGCACGCAAGUUCGCACUGGCAUACUCCGUCGUAGUCCUAGCACGUAACCCAGCCAACUACAACAGUCUUGUCAGCGAGAUCACCUCCGCUGGCGGCCAGGCCCUAGGCAUCAGUGCGGACGUGUCCGACUCCAGCAGUCUAAAGGCAGCCUUUGAGAAGAUCUCUCAACAGUACAAGGACAGUCCUCUCGCAGCCGCGGUCUUCAACUCUGGCGGCGGGUUUGUCCGGAAGCCAUUCCUGGAACUCACCGAGGACGAGUUCGCGGCUGGGUAUAAGAGCCAGGGGAUCGGCGCCUUCAACUUCGCCCAAAGCACGCUCCCGCUCCUUCAAAAGUCCACAGGACUGCAACACCCACCAACCCUAAUCUUCACCGGCGCAACAGCAAGCGUCAAAGGCUCGGCGAACUUCGCGGCCUUUGCAACGGGCAAGUUCGCCCUGCGCGCGCUGGCUCAGUCGCUGGCCCGUGAGUUCGGGCCGAAGGGCGUCCAUGUCUCCCAUGUUAUCAUUGACGGGGUGAUUGAUAUCCCCCGGACGAAGGACUGGGCGAAUGAGCAUGAGGAUGGGAAGUUGGAUCCUGGUGCUAUUGCGGAUGCGUACUGGCACUUGCAUACGCAGCCGCGAACGACGUUUGGAUUUGAGUUGGAUCUUCGUCCGUAUGUUGAGAAGUGGUAAGAGAUGAUCUUAGGUCCUAUUGGAGGAAGUGUGAUUGUCUAACUGGAUGUUGCCUGUAAUCUCAAUGAAUUAUUUUAUGCGCUAUGAAUAUUCAGAAUUCCGUUACUGUCCAUAAACAAGGCUAAACCACGUAGUAAAAUAAUUAUGCAGUUCUACAAUUCUGUAGCAAUGG